GCGUGUUUUUCCGCUAGCCUUUUUUCUUUUUCUUUCUUUUUCUCCUUCGGGUUUUUGGUGAUUAUUGUGGAUGGGGAAAGGAUACUUGAAGCGAGCUUGUCAUCACAAGUAAAGACGGAACGUCCACAGCAAAGCAACACAGGUUCGGAAAAGUGCCCCCAGCCGAGCUCGCAGUGCCGGCGAUUGGAGCUUUCCUCCGCGAAGCCCGACGAGCCUUUCCCGCGUCAGGAGCACCGACCCGGCUGCAGCCACGCCACCUCACACGCCCGCACACCCAGCACCAUUCAGCGCGAAGCUCUCACACCAGACAUGCCCUGCGUGCAGGCUCAGUACGGGCCCACCCACCCAGGCUCCGCCUACUCCGGCCAGUCCUUCGGCUACCAGGGCGACGGCUACGCUUCUGACCUCAUGACCUCCGACUACACCAAGUUGGACCUGGGCGGCGGCGAGAUCUCCGCCGCGGCCGCCACCACCUCGCUGCCCAGCUUCAACGUGUUUGUGGACGGGGGCUACGAGCACAAGUCGUCCUGCCUCUACCAGAUGCCGCCGCACAGGCCCGCCAUCAAGAAGGAGGAGGACAGCUACCCGAGCGCGCAACUGGAGGCCCUGUCCUCCUCCGCCAUGUACUUUAAACAAUCUCCCCCCUCCACGCCCACCACCCCUUCCAUGCCCCCGCAACCUGGCACCUCUUUCCUAUGGGAGGAUCACUCCCUGGUCCCGCCAUCACACCCCCAUUCCAUGGGCUCCGGCCUGGACGCCGCCGGCUCCCUUAAGUCGCCCCGCUUUCCGCACUUCUACCAACACUCGCCGCCCCACAGCGGGGCCAGCGUGGGGGGCUACGAGAAUCUAGGAGGCCUCGUCCGCACAUCUUCCUCCUCUUCCUCAUCGUCCACCUCGGUCUCCCAUGCUCACGGCCCGCCCAUGGAUCAGCAGCCCAUGUACCAGCUGCACCGCGGGGCCGGGGGUACCAGCCUCGCGUUUCGUUCCCUGGCUCUCGGUCCUUGCGGCCCUAUACUCGGGGACAGCCUGCCCUCGCCCCCGCCACGAGGCCCCCAAGGAGAGGGCACCUGCGCCGUGUGUGGGGACAACGCGGCCUGCCAGCACUAUGGAGUCCGCACAUGCGAGGGCUGCAAAGGUUUCUUCAAGCGUACCGUGCAGAAGAACGCCAAGUAUGUGUGUCUGGCUAGUAAGAACUGUCCUGUGGACAAGAGGAGACGGAACCGCUGCCAGUACUGCCGCUUCCAGAAGUGUCUGAGUGUGGGCAUGGUCAAGGAAGUGGUACGCACCGAUAGCCUGAAGGGGCGUCGUGGCCGUUUGCCUUCCAAACCAAAGAGCCCCCUGCAGACAGAGGUGGCCCCUCCCUCGCCACCCCUCAGCCUGAUCUCCGCUCUGCUCAGGGCUUACUCGCACUGCACACCCCAUGACCUUGACUACAGCCAGUUCAGCGCUGCCGACCCUCCCUCCUCCUCCUCUGACGCCGAGCACAUCCACCUGUUCUACAGGCUCCUCACCAUUUCGAUGGAGACCACGCGGUGCUGGGCCGACCGGCUGCCGGGCUUUUCCGAGCUCCAGCGGGAUGAUCAGAACCUGCUCAUAGAUUCCGCCUUCCUGGAGCUGUUUGUCUUGCGACUAGCUCACAGGUCGAUGCUGUCAGAAGACAAGCUGGUGUUCUGCAACGGUUUGGUGCUGCACAGGUUCCAGUGCCUUCGCGGUUUUGGAGAAUGGCUGGACUCCAUUCGAGACUUCUCCACCCAUCUCCAGAGUCUCAACCUGGACGCCUCCGCCUUUGCCUGCUUGGCUGCGCUUGUGCUGCUCACAGAACAAGUUCCGGGCCUGAAGGACUCCAAGCGAGUGGAGGAUCUGCAAAACAAAGUCAUUUGUUGUCUCAGAGACCACCUGGGCUGCGGCCCCUCUUCCUCAUCGUCCAAGGCGGCGCCCGCCCUGAGUCGUAUUCUGGGUUUAAGGGCAGAGCUGCGCUCCCAGAGGACUCAGGGCCUUCAGCGGAUCUUCUACCUGAAGCUGGAGGACCUGGUGCCGCCUCCGCCCUUGAUUGACAGGUUCCUGGACACUCUGCCUUACUGAUGGCGAAGGAUGCAGUCAAGAAAAAAAAAACAUGUCCAAUUUGAGGACAAUAACAGAGUCACUUUGCUGUGAUGCCAACGGGAUAACCACGAGAACGCCCUCCAAUGGACCAUCAAUUAAAUAGACACUUUCUACCAAUGUAAAAAAAAAAAAAAAAAUGCUUGGCCACUUCUGAUUUUCACAUGGAGGCUGAGAUGGAUGAUGGAGGAUUUCUUUGCUCUCUGGAAAGAAAAAAGAAAAAGAAAGAUGUAAGUUUCUAUGUACAGUUUAGUGAAAGGAAACAUAAUUGAACACAAGUCCAAAAUACUCGGUCCAAAAUAUAAAUGUCACUCAGUGACAUCACACAUGUACAAAAAAACACACACACACACGACACAAUAUUUCGAGAAACAGUCUUGAUUGAUUCCAAGUGCAAUUUCUGACCGCUUUCUCAUCACAUAAGAAAGCGAUUUUUAAUUUCAAACUCUAAAUGAUUUGAAUGCAAAGACGUGUCCUAUAUUGUCAAUAGAGCAACGAAAGUACGAGAGAGAGAAAUCCGGCUUGAGAGGACAAACUGUGCACUAAUGAUUGAUGACUGCUCACUCAGACUUGAAAUGCUCAUUUUUAUUUCAUUUGUGUGUUUAUUUGACUCAAAUGGAUCUAAUAGGAGACAACAAAUGAGCUUCUGAAGCACUUACGGCCCGAAAAAAAGGGCAAGAAGCAUCGACACACACCCGACCUGGAGAAAAGAGGAGAGAAAAGGAGGGUGCUCGAAAGAUAGAAGGAAGAAACAUUCCGCAGUCUUUUUUUCUAUUAUUAUUUUGCUAGUGGCGGUGCGAGUGUCUGCAUCUUAAUGUGUGUGUGCGUGCGUGCGUGUGUCAGAGAAGCCAGCAUCUUAAGCAUGGUUUGUUUUGAAGCUGUCAAAAAAGCAGCUCGCCUCGUGUGUUUGCGUGUCUCACCGCACCCCAGCCCACUCACACACUCACGGCAGCAGCGAUCUUACCGGAAAAGAAAAAAAAAGCAAAUUCUAUAGAUAUAUAAAUAUAUAAAUAUACAAAAAACUAAUAUUUUGAAGUGUUUUUAGCUUUUUUCAAAUAUUGUGGUACGACGUGCAUUGUUUUCAAAGAAGAGGAAAAUAAAAGUUGCUGUUUUUUUUUCCUCCAAUGUUCUUUGGUUUGAGUUUUGUUUCUUUUCUUUCUCUUUGGUUCACUGGAUUUUCUGUUCAGCACUUUGAAAUCAUAAACUAGUUCUGAUUA